GGGCCCCGCAGAUCCUGGGACCAGAGGGCGGCUGCGGUCCCCGGGCUCCCGCCGGUGUGGGCAAGGCUGGGCCAGAAUGGGGACCCCCAGGGCCCCGGGGGUCCGGGUCCUCCUGCUCCUCCUGCUUCUCCUGCUCCUCCUGCUCCUGGCCUCAGGUGAGGAAAAUUCCACAGGCACGCCUGCAUCGAACCCCCACCACGAGGACUCAAGGAACACCUGCCAGGGGCUCAUCAAUAGGGACCGUUAUGGAAACUUCUAUCUUCAGGACACCGCCAAGUGCUUCACCAAGUGCGAGCAGUCGAGCAACGAAUCCUGUGAUCUGGGAAAUCUGCAGAGAUACUGGCUGGACUACGAGAACUACCUGGUGGAGGGGAGCCUGGAGAAGACAAUGAACUUGUCUUUGCCUUUUCUGAAGGCUGUGGUCAAGAACGUCAGCACCAACAUCUCAGACGACCUGUACUUCUCUCUGACCCCCUCUCAGAUCACGGGGCAGGUCCCGGAGGACAAGCACAUGUUCCCCGACAGAGUCCGGCUGCCCAGGAGCCUGUUUGCAUCCCUGCAGGGCAGCAGGUCGGAGGUCCGCUUGGCCGUCUCUGUCCUGGACAUCGGGUCAGGGAACCUCUUCAAGGGCCCCAGGCUCAGCCUGGAGGACGCUGGCAGCGUGCUGAACAACCGCCUGGUGGGCCUGAGCGUGGGCCGCACGCGUGUCACCGGGCUGACGGAGCCUCUGGAGAUCACCUUCUCCCACCAGCCGCAGCCUCCCAACAUGACCCUCACCUGCGUAUUCUGGGAUGUGACUAAAGGGUCAACGGGAGACUGGUCUUCCGAGGGCUGCUCCACAGAUGUCAGAGCCGAGGGGACUGUCUGCCGCUGUGACCACCUGACCUUCUUUGCCCUGCUGCUGAGGCCAGUCUUGGACAAAGUCACCGUGCAGGCCCUCACAAAAAUUUCCCAGGCCGGCUGCGGAGCCUCCAUGGUCUUCCUGGCCUUCACCAUCAUCUUCGCUGCCCUGAGGUUCUGCCGGAAGAGGUUCGAGUCAGAAGAUGCUCUCAAGAUCCACGUGGCCCUGAGCAUUAGCUUGUUCCUCCUGAACCUAACCUUCUUCAUCAAUCUGGAUCAUGGCCCGAAGUUGUCCCUUGUCCCCUGCGGGGCCCUGGGGGCCAUCUCCCACUACUUCCUGCUCUGCGUCUUCACCUGGAUGGGCCUGGAAGCCUUCCACCUCUACCUGCUCAUCAUCAGGGUCUUUAACACCUAUUUCGGCCACUACUUCCUAAAGCUGAGCCUAGUGGGCUGGGGCCUGCCAGCCCUAAUGGUCAUCGGCACCGGGAGUGCCAGCAGCUACGGCCGCUACACCAUCCGAGACCAGGAGAACAGGUCCACGCUGGAGCUGUGCUGGUUCAGCAACGAAACUGCUCUCUACAUCACCGUCCACGGCUACUUCCUCGUCACCUACCUCUUCAACGCCGUGGUCCUGGGCCUGGUGGCCUGGAAGAUCUUCACUCUGCCCGGCGCCACGGCGGGCAAGGAGAAGCGGCAGAAGUGGAAGGGGGUCCUCACCUUGCUGGGCCUCUCCAGCCUGGUGGGCAUGACGUGGGGGCUGGCCAUCCUCACACCCCUGGGCCUGUCCACCGUCUACAUCUUUGCACUGUUCAACUCCUUCCAAGGCCUCUUCAUCUUCUGCUGGAUCAUCGUGCUCUACGUGCCGCGGCAGAGUGCCGGGACCUCUUCUGGCACUGCCCAAGCUGAGCAGACCCACACCGUGUCCCAUGAGUAGGGGGCCGGCCCUGCGCUCUGGACUCAGCUCCGACCCACCUUGUGACCUUGGACAGCUCCCUGCCUCCCUCUGGGCCUCAGUUUCCACAUCAGACGAAGUUGGGGGGGGGGAGGUGGGAUGAGGACCAGGUAGGACCACGUGACCUCAAAGGUCACAUGCAGAUUCAUCUCUGGUCCAAAAGUCCUCAAAUCCAGGAUCGCAGGCAUCCAAAGUUCCUACAGUCCUUGGGACCCGGCCAGCACAGAGAGACACCCUCACCCUUGCCACUAUGCCCCCCACCCCCCUCCUAGCAAAGCAGCCGGUCUCUGCCAUCGCCCACCUUCUGGCCUCAGUAAGGGCCUGAGUCCAACCAGAGGCGCUUGUCGUUGGCCCAGCCCCUCAAAGGAGCUCCAGCCUCUCCCUCGUGCCCUCUUGUCACUGUCACUGCCUCCCCCACGCCCCCUCCCUUCCCACCCUCCCGCUGCCUCUAGUGAGAGUCCUCCCCUCAGGCCCCAGGGCGGUUGUGACUGGAGGUUUGUCUGAGGGGUUGGUCCUCCCAGCUUGUCUGCCCUGAGCUCAGUCUGCCUCCCCAUAUGGGGAGCUGCCAGCCCUCCAGGUGUCCGGGACACUGAAUUUCAGAGAAUGCCACUUAGUGGGUGGGAUGGCUCCUGUUCCCAUUCGGACUGCCAUGUGGGUGGCUUGAGCUCUGGUCUGCUGUCACGGUGGGCCCGGGGUCCAGGGCUAUGUGGACCUGGGGGCCGAGGGGCCGGGGCAGGGGGCAGGGCUGGACCGAGCAGGGAGAGAGAGAGGCCACGUCUCCCUUGGAAUCUGAGUGCCCACGGAGCAGGCACUGUGGCGGCCUCACUCCCCCGUUCGGCCCAGCCCUGGCGGGUGUGGGGCCCUGAAUAAAUAUCUGCUGGCCGAAUAGGUGGAUGUGUGAGUUUGGCACCCGCCCCACGGGGCCCCGGGCCAGGGCAGUGUCUCAGGCCGGACGCCGCCUCCAGCGGCUGGACCUCUGCUGUGUCACACCCCCGUGCCGGUUUCCUCUGUAGGAAAUGAAGAGAGACAGAGAUCACAGAGAUAGAGGAAGAGAUGCCGCGAUGAGAGAUACAGCGAGGGAGGGCCAACAGGCAAGCUGACACAGAGGGAGGGGGCGGAGGGAGGCAGAAGGACGGCAGCCCCCUCCCCAAGCCCGCCCCGACCCAGGGGGCAGCGCACUGGCCUUGGUCCCCCUCCCUGCGCCCACCCUCAGGUUCGUGUUCCCAGCCUAGCCUGUAUUUACAAACCAUCGGGGGACUCCCGCCCCUGCCCGACCACCCCCUCUCCAAUGGGCUUUGGAGAAGG